GACGUCAUAAAAAUCAGCCACAAGAAAAAAAAAACAAACCAAAUGGUGGCGGGUGCGGGCUGAAACUAAAAUUAUUUUAUUCGUCGCGUUUUCGACUCUAAUUUCGAGUAAAUCGCUCUUAUUCGUGGUGUUUGGCCGUUCAGCAAGUGACGAGUGAUGGAGUGCUGAAGAAGGGAAAGCUGGAAGUGGCUCAAUUCUGAAACGCAUUUUGUGGCAAGAGGGGAAAAAUCAUCGACGGAACUCCUGGGCGGAGAUUGUGCAGGGGCGCGCGUACAGGGAGGCGGAUGCGGUCUUGGCAAAUACAAAUAAAGCAAAGAAGAGAGCAAAAUAGUCGGACGUCGGAGGAAAAAAUCGCCUAAUAAUUGUUGCUCGCCAAUUGGCACACACAAUAUGGCACAGGAAAAGAAGCACUAGCGGGCCUCGUUCGCGCAAAACUUCCGGGAGACCUCCGGGAAGAUUCCCCGAGCAAGGGACGAGACGACGUGGUGAGCGAGUGUGUGUGUGUGACGGUGUCGGUGGGUGUGUUUUUAGUGGAGGCAAGGAAAAUCCACGAAGAAAUUAGAGCACAUCACAUCAUCAUCUUCUUCGUCGAAGAGUGUGGUGUCUGGCUGGGUUGGCCUGUCGAGGUGGGGCCCGUCAGAGAAGGGCGGAGGUUGUAGAAAAACGGGAAAUACAUCAUCGGAAAAACCUGCAUUUUUUCGAAUAAAUCUAAAAUUACAAAAAAAAAAAAAAAAUCUGUGAAGAAAGAGUUCGUUAGUUGAAAGGAAGAAAACACGGCUGCUGGAAGAAAGUGCUUAGGACCAGGCUAUUCCAAGGGCUAAGAAGAGUCAUGGCUGACCAAAACGAAAAAAUCCUGCACAGGCUGCUGGCCAUUGACGGAAAUAAUGAAUGUGCCGAUUGUGCAGCGAAACAUCCCGAGUGGGCCUCGUACAAUAUUGGAAUAUUUCUGUGCACGCGAUGCUGCGCCGUCCACCGGAAUAUGGGCGCCCACAUUUCCAAGGUGAAGCACCUGAAGCUGGACAAAUGGGAAGACAGCCAGCUGGAGCGGAUGAUCGAGGUCGGAAAUAAGGCGUCGAAGCUCAAGUACGAGCAGCGCGUUCCGGCCUGCUACCGGCGCCCGCGUGAGAAUGAUCCGCAAAUCCUGACCGAGCAGUGGAUCCGCGCCAAGUACGAGCGGCUCGAGUUCUGCAUGAACGAGCGCCCGGCGUACACCUCCGGCCACAUGGAGGGCUUCCUGAUGAAGCGCGGCAAGGAGGACAGCCGCUACCAGCUGCGCAAGUUCGUCCUGUCCGAGGCGGACGACACGCUGCGGUACUUUGUGAAAGAAAAGCGCGAACCAAAGGCAAUCCUGAGAAUAUCGGAGCUGAACGUGGUGUACGCCCCGGCCAAGAUCGGCAACCCGAACUCGCUGCAGCUGACGUUCAUGAAGGACGGCACGACGCGGCACAUCUACGUGUACCACGACGACCCCAAGGAGAUCAACAACUGGUACAUGGCGAUCCGGUGUGCCAAGCUGCACCGGCUGCAGAUUGCGUUCCCCAGCGCUUCCGAGAGUGAUCUGGUGGACUACCUGACGCACGACUUUGCGCGCGAGGGUUGGCUGCUGAAGACCGGCCCGAGGACGACCGACAGCUACAAGCGGCGGUGGUUCACGCUGGACGAUCGGAAGCUCAUGUACCACGACGAUCCGCUGGACGCGAACCCGAAGGGGGAGAUCUUCCUGGGGAACCAGCUGGACGGGUACAGCAUCCGGAUAGGGGCUCCGGUCGGCGCCAAGGAUCAGGGCUUCAGUUUUACGCUGUUUACGCCCGAGCGGACGUACAAUCUGUCGUCGCACAGCGAGAAGGACCGCGACGAGUGGAUGGCGGUCAUUCAGAAGGUGCUCGAGCGUCCGCUCAGCCCGCAGGAUAGUUCGAUAUCAGCGCGCCUCAUCCGCAAGCGUGGCGGGACCAACUCGAUCAACAUCUUCACCGGCAGGAUGUUUACCAGUGUUUUCAAGUUUUGGACAUUUUUUCAACGAUAAUUACAUUUAAAUAAAACAACAACUUUUCACCAAGAGGCGAACAACAAACAGUGUAGUAAAUGGUCAAUAAUAUGUAAAGGGAUGACAGUAUCAACACCGUGCAUACUGUUGCAAAAAUAUGCGUAGAUAGUAAGGGAAUUAGAUAGACAAAAUUUACUAAAUUAUAACUAAUAAUAACAACUUGAAGAAAUUAGCAACAUACACGCUUCCACGUAGCGUGGAACAACUACAUAAAUCAUAACUCAUCAUACUAUUUUAUGACAAUGGAUGAAAACAAAGAGAAAGAAACGUUUUUUGUUUUGUUCUGUGUCACAAGUAUACAAGCUCUGUUUAUUUUGUCGAAAGCUGGGAACCGGUGUAGCUAGUAGAUUCAUAAGAUCACACUCCGAAUCAUUUCCCCACUCUCACGUACUCAAAAAUAAUAUCUGCAAUAAUCGUUCUUCUUUUUAUUUUGAAGCGCGCAUAUUUUGUUUAUGUCUUGUGUAUUAAUAGUCGAAAAUGUGCAGGAAAAGGACGGAAAGAAAAGAAAAGAGGACAAAAGUAAUAGUUUGCCAAAAAUAGCUAAUACGAACGAAUCGAACAAUUGUGCUAGUUUGAGCUGGUGUAGUUUUGUAAGGAAAGAGGGAUAAAAAGAAAGGCGCGAAGGUACAUAGAAAAUAGCUCUGAUUAGGUUAGAACAAAGAUUGACGGUUGCAAACAAGAGACUAAUGCAAGCUAGCUAGUUGGAGAAGGGAAAAUUCAACGCGAGCAGCACCUAAAGCCGAUUUACAUGUAAUAAAAGUAAUCUUUCAACACACAUCGCUUCA